AUGUCGGAGGCGCGCUCGGACGGAGGGAAGUGGCUGGACGCGCACUACGACCCGGUGGCGAGCCUGUACACCUUCUCCGCGUGCAUGGACCUGGCGGACCUGCACGGGGACGCGGAGAGCAAGCUGGUGGUCGGCGACCUGGGCACGGGCACGAGCGGCAUGAAGCUCAAGGUGUACCGGGGCACGGCGCUCGUGAGCGAGAGCGCGCUCCUGGACCUGCCCACCGCGCUCGCGGCCUUCCUCAUGGACCUGCACGAGCCGCGCAUCCCCGCCAUCGCCGUGGCUUCCGGUCCCUUCAUCUACAUCUACAAGAACCUGAGACCCUACUUCAAGUUCACCCUGCCGGGCCUGCAGGUCAACGGCCUGGAGCAGGACGUGUGGCAGCAGGUGAGGGAGGGCCACAUCGACCCCCUGACCCUGAAGGAGAUGCUGGAGGGUCUGAGGGAGAAGGCCGAGGUGCCGCUGUCCGUCCGCUCGCUGCACUUCCUGUCUCUGGAGCCGCAGCAGAUGGACGAGUUCGUCAGCCUGCACAAGCAGCAGCCCAUCCGCCGCCAGACCGUCAUCACCUGCAUGGGCACGCUGAGGAAGAGCACGGCUGACGAGGACGGCGUCAGCUGCCUGGUGAUCGGCACCGAGAACAACGACGUCUACGUCCUGGACCCUGAAGCCUUCACCAUCCUGUCCAAGAUGUCCCUGCCGGCCGCUCCCACCAUGAUGGACGUGACGGGACAGUUUGACGUGGAGUUCCGCAUCACAGUCGCCUGUCGCAACGGAAACAUCUACAUCCUGCGCAGGGACUCGGUGAAGCCCAAGUACUGCAUCGAGCUGGCGUCCCACCCGGUGGGGCUCGUCCGCCAGGGGAAGAACGUGGUGGUGGGCUGCGCCGACGAGAGCCUGCAGGGCUUCACCCAGAAGGGGAAGAAGCUGUGGCGAGCGAGCCUGCCGGCGCCCGUCACCACCAUGGCCGCCAUGGAGCUGCCCACGCGGGGCUUCCAGGCCGUGCUGGUGGGCCUGGCCAACUGCGAGGUGCACCUGUACCGCGACAAGAACCUGCUCAGCGCCAUCAAGACGCCCGACGUGGUGAGCGGCGUCUGCUUCGGCCGCUACGGCCGCGAGGACGGGACGCUGAUCAUGAGCAUGAGGGGCGGCGGCCUGAUGGUGAAGAUCCUGAAGAGGACGGCGACGUUCGACGAGCGGGACAACGCCCCGGGCCCCCCGCUGGCCCAGAGCGUCCGCCUCAACGUCCCCAAGAAGACCAAGCUGUACGUGGACCAGACGCUGCGCGAGCGCGAGAACGGCGUGGCCAUGCACCGCGCCUUCCAGAUGGACCUGAGCCGCCUGCGGCUGGCGGCCGGCCGGCCUACCGUGAAGGCGCUGGAGUCCAGCCUGACGCCCGUCUCCUCCAGCCUCAGCGAGCCGCUCAAGAUGAACGCCGUGGUGCAGGGCCUCGGCCCCUCCUUCAAGCUCACGCUCAACGUGCAGAACACGGCGGCGUGCCGGCCCGUCAUGAACCUGGUCAUCAGCUUCCUGUACGACGAGCACCUGUACCGCAUGAGGAACCCCUACCUGAGGAUCCCGCUGCUCGUGCCCGGCCUCGUCUACCCCGUGCAGACCUUCGUGGAGUGCACCAGCGACCGCGGCAUCUCCGACAUCAUCAAGGUGUUCGUCCUGCACGAGGGCCGCAGCGCCCCCCUGCUCACCGCGCACAUCAACAUGCCCGUCAGCGAGGGGCUGGCGCUCAACUGAGGCGGCGGCGAGCCACGCCCGGCGCCGUGAGGUCAGCAGGCGGCGUGAGGUCAACGGGCGCCGUGAGGUCAGCGGGCGACGUCACACAGCGUUUCCCCAAAGGAUGCUGGGAUUCCUGGCAAUCAUCGACCCGCGGCCCCCGAGCGGCCUCGACGCUUCCUGUUGCAGAGUGGGCGUGGCCAGCCCUCAGUGGACAGUUUGAGGGUCCCGGGCAGGGUGGGAAAUCUGGGCUCCGCUGGCAGGAAACCGGACGGCCUCUCUGAUUGGCUGCUGGUCAGGGUUCGUGUUCCCAUCAGCCCACAUGAGCUCGUUACUGUAAUCUGAUUACUUCUCCCAGUAACGAGCUCAUGUGAGGGAUUCCAUUUGAUUGUCAGUAAUCAGAUUACAGUUACAGUUGUGACUUGUGUGUCUGCUGGUCCAGGAUCAGAUGUUUACUGUUUAUUUAUUUGUAUUUAAAGUGAAUCUGAUCCCAGAUCUGUUCCAGGGAGUUUGGUCCGGCCUCAGACGGUUCAGAGUUUAACUGAAUUCAUUUGAUUUCUUUCAAAAACAUGCAGGGGAUUUUUUCAGAUCAGACUUCCUGUGUGAGGCUGCGUUCAGAGGCUCGUCAUCAUGAUAUGAGACUGAACUUCAUAUUAUGGGAUGUUGGAAGCUGUGAAAUCUCAUGACAGAAAUGUUGUCUUCUGGUCUUGAAGCUGCAUCCAGUAAAGACGUGAGUGUGAUUCUGUGAGCUUCUUUUUAUUUGUGUCGACCUGCCGGGACCUCCCAGCCACAGGACGCUGAUCAGAGACCUGCCGGGACCUCCCAGCCACAGGACGCUGAUCACAGACCUGCCGGGACCUCCCAGCCACAGGACGCUGAUCAGAGACCUGCCGGGACCUCCCAGCCACAGGACGCUGAUCAGAGACCUGCCGGGACCUCCCAGCCACAGGACGCUGAUCAGAGACCUGCCGUCCCGCUCAGAGAGGCCACGUUCACGCCGUCUGAUGUCACCGCUGAUCAGGAGGAAAACACCAGAACAUUAUGUACCAAAAAAAAAAAAAAAAAGACAAAAAAAAAACAUAGUUUUAAAAAAUGUGAGCUUGGAAAAAA